AUGGUGGUGAGCGGCACGGAAGUAGCAAAGAACAACACCAAAGACUCGUGCUGGGUCGUCAUCCAUGGCCAGGUAUGGGACGUCACAGACUUCCUCGAUGAGCAUCCCGGCGGCGCCAAGCUGAUAUUUAACUGCGCCGGCCGCGACGCAACAGAAGACUACGACUCCAUCCACAACCCGGACCUCAUCGCAGAAACGCUGUCACCGGACCGCUGUUUGGGACCCGUAGACCCUCUAACCCUUCCUAAAGAAUCAUCAGCCCCGGAGCCAGAGAAGCCGAAGCCAAAGUUUCCACACCUGGGUGCCAUCAUCAACGCAGACGACUUUGAGAAGGUGGCCGAAAAGUACCUGUCCGAGAUUGGAUGGGCGUACUACUGCUCCGGCGCGGAAGACGAGCAGAGUCUCCGGGACUCGAGACGCAUCUUCCGGAGGUUGGCGCUGCGGCCUCGGGUGCUUCGUAAUGUAGACUCCAUCAAAACGGCCACGUCGAUCCUCGGUCUCCCUUCGUCCCUGCCGUUUUACAUCUCGCCAACGGGCCAGGCCAAGUACGCGCAUCCCGAGGCUGAGACGCUCCUGGUGAAGGCGGCGGCGAAGGAGGGGAUCAUUUACUGCAUGCCUACGAAACCCAGCGCGUCGAUAGACGCCAUCUUCGGUGCACGAGCGGGAGGUAACGCGCAGCCGCUGUUCUUCCAGCUAUACGUCGACCGCAACAGAGAAAAGGCGCAAGCGACCAUCCGAAAGGCGGAGAGCCUCGGUGCGAAGGCCAUCUUCGUGACGGUAGAUUCGCCCGUCAUUGGCAAGAGAGAGCGGGAUGAGAGGUUGACGGCCGGUGACGAGCCAUUGUCCGAACCCAGCGGCGUCGCAAAGACGACGGCGUCGGGAUUGUUGAACGCGGGGCUGACCUGGGCUGAUCUCGAAUGGAUUCGGGAGACGACGUCGCUACCGAUUGUGAUCAAAGGCAUCCAGUCGGUUGAGGACGCUCUCAUCGCGCACCAGCACGGAGUCGAGGGGAUCGUGCUCUCGAACCACGGCGGGCGAAGCCAGGACACCGCCCAGGCGCCGAUGUUGACGCUUCUGGAGAUCAGGCGCUACGCGCCGCAUCUGCUUGCCCCUGAGACGAAAGCAAAUUUCCGGGUGUUCGUUGAUGGUGGGAUUAGACGGGGAACGGAUGUUCUCAAGGCUUUGGCGUUGGGCGCGAGUGCGGUCGGCAUUGGCCGGCCGUUUUUGUACUCGAUGACGGCCGGGUAUGGAGAGGCUGGUGUACGGAGAUUGAUACAGAUUUUGAGGCAUGAGCUGGAGACGAAUAUGGCGUUGGCGGGUGCAGCCAGUGUCGAGGAUAUUGUUCCCGAGCUGGUCAAUAGCGAAAGGGCGGAGAAGGAGGUUACCGGGAGGGUGAAGCUUUAG